UUACCCCUCUGUGCGCAGAUUUAUAGAUAUAUCGUUUGCUGUCAUAUGGAUUUAACUACAACUACCUUAGAACCAUAGCUACCGCACAUCAAUUUGUGCCAUAGAUAGGUCGACCGGGAAACCGGUUUCUGAACAACUGGUUAAAUUGUACUUGGGGGGAAAAAAAGAGUAGUGGUGAGAGUCAAUGUAGUAUUGCCGUAUAGAAUAGUCCUUUGUGCUCACAUGCCAUCUUUAUGCAGAUAGACUUAUUGCACGAUAUUUGCUGCUCUUCACUUGCUUUCUAUCGGAGUGUGACUGCAGAAGAGCGUAGAUCCUAUCAGCUGUCGUUGGAUUCUUAGGAAGCGCUUUAGAGGUUGUUUAUGCAGCACUACUUUUGUGUACAUCCGAUUAUUUUUUAACAAAGUCAGGAAAUAAUAGUGUUAUAUUUUUCGAAAUCAUCAGUUAACUUAAUUUAAUUGUCAAAACGACUUUAAUAUAUGUUUAAUCUUAAACUAUUGGACAUGAUUGAUGCCGAAUGGCUGGAGUAUUCCUCGGGUCUAUUUCUUCUGGAUGGCAGUGCUUCGCCUUUCUCCUCGCUCCCUGUGCUAUAGCCGCCAUCUUGAAUUUUAAUCUUAAUUUCUGAAAUGUUUUGUUUCCGACGAUAUUUUUUCCCCGAUUACAGUGUCGUACCUAUCCUGGAUUAUUUUUUUUGUUGUUGUUGAAGGAUUAUCUAAUGUUCCUGCUCAUCUUGGAAUAAAUAUUGAGUGACAGCCCCUAGCUUCCAGUCUUCCCCACUCUGAGUGCUCCCUCAACUCAGAGACUCAAUGCAACUGGACCAGGGGGCUUGUGGGCAUGAAGUGGCUGGGCCAAUCCAAGAGCAUGGUGUUGAAUGGCAGCAGGUACUCCACCAGUGAGCAGCAGCCCGUGAGCCAGAGCCAGACCCGCUCCCAGCAGCAGCUACACCCACAGAGGAGCUCUCUCCGACCAGGGACUGGCAGCAGGAGAUGUAGCCGCCGGUUCAGUGCGGCCAGCCUGGAGGCGGAGCGACGCUGUAUCCCGUCCUCUGGGAUGACCGCCAAGGAACUGUGUGAGCACGAUGACCUCACCACCAGCCUCAUCCUCGACCCGUAUCUGGGCUUCCAGACACACAAGAUGAACACCAGGUUUCGACCAAUCAAGGGAAGACAGGAAGAGCUGAAGGAGAUUAUCGAGCGGUUCAAGAAGCACGACAACCUGGAGAAGGCUUUCAGAGCACUGACCUCUGGAGACUGGUCCAGACACCACUUCCUACACAAGUCUAAAGCCCAGGAGAAGCUCUUCAAACAGCACGUGUUUGUGUAUCUGCGGAUGUUUGCGGCUGACAGUGGGUUUGAGAUUCUCCCGUGUAACCGCUACUCCUCGGAGCAGAACGGAGCCAAGAUCGUGGCCACAAAGGAAUGGAAAAGGAACGAUAAGAUUGAGUACUUGGUGGGCUGCAUCGCCGAGCUGUCGGAGAGCGAGGAGAACAUGUUGCUGCGUCACGGGGAGAAUGACUUCAGUGUCAUGUACUCGACACGCAAGAACUGUGCUCAGCUGUGGCUGGGGCCUGCAGCCUUCAUCAACCACGAUUGCCGGCCAAAUUGCAAGUUUGUGUCGACGGGCCGUGACACGGCCUGUGUCAAGGUGCUAAGGGACAUCGAACCGGGAGAGGAGAUCUCCUGUUACUACGGCGACGGAUUCUUCGGGGAGAACAACGAAUAUUGUGAAUGCUACACGUGUGAACGACGUCUCACUGGCGCGUUCAAAUCCAAAGCUGGGCUCCCGGCGGAGGCUCCGGUGAUCAACAGCACGUACGGGUUACGGGAGACGGACAAGCGCCUGAACCGGCUGAAGAAGAUGGAGGCGGGAGAGGGCAGCAGGAGCUCCGACAGCCACUCUGUGGGCUCCCACACCGACGUAGACUCUCAGGACAUACCAAACACACACACGUCUGGAAGGAAAAAGACUUCCUCCAAUAUGAAGUUCAGCAGAACCAGAACUCAAAGCAGACCGUCUCUUUCCAGAGCACUAACCUCUACCUCACCUUCUAAACCAAGUCACAGAAACACUGGCAGGAUACCAAAGAGACUCCGAUCCAAACCCGCCAGGCCUUCGCUCUCCAAGGUCCGGUUGCGCAGUAGAUGCAGCAGGGGCAGAGGUUCGGAGCCCAAAGCGGCGGCGGCGUUGGUGGCCCGAGGGGAGGUGCUGGGUACCACCGGGCCCGGUCGCCUGGGUCUCCGGGAGCCGAGGACGUUGUCGCUGUGUAAGGCGGGCGUGUCUGUGAAGAAGGAGAAGGAUGCACAGGGACCAGUCCAGACAGCACUGGGCCAGCGGGGGUGUCUGACCCGCCAUGCGGCCAAGGAGAACAACACCCCGGCAGUCUGCGAGGGCAGCCAGAGCCAGCCUUGCACUUACAGGACUCGCAGGUCCACCAGGACCCUGGUAAAGGUCCAGGACACCGGGUCAGCUGGGGUUAAACUGGAGCCUGGGGGCCUGGAGGGCCACGGCACCGUCCCUGGAGGGUUGGAGAUUAAAACGGAGCCUGCUGACCUGGAGCAGUACCUGGGUCACGGGUUGGGCUCGGAUCUGGGCGGAGGUCUGGGUGCUGGCUACUCGAGCAGAGGGGUCUGUACCAGACGCAGCCAGCUCACCCAGCUCCGGCCCGAACGGACGGUAAAGCACGAGGACUCGUCGUACGGCGAGCUGUUCCCGCCGGUAGCGGUGGCCCCGGUGGCUUCCUCCCAACAUCCCCAUCACCACCACAGUACUGCCGACACGGCAGACUGCGACAAGAUGCUGCUGGGCCUCUCUGUCCCAGAGCGCCACUGGGACUACAAUGGGAGCGAGGCCCUCCGGAGGGAGCGGGGGGAGGACAGGGGGAGCGAGGGGGACAGGGGGCAGAGCAAAGAGAAGAAGAAACAGAGGAUCACGCGCUACGACGCCCAGCUGAUCCUGGAGAACAGCGGAGGGAUCCCCAAACUGACGCUCCGCCGGCGCAGAGACAGCAGCAGCAGCAAGACCAACGAGCCCAGCGAGCCAAUCAGCACGCAGCAGCAGGCUAGCAGCACCACCACCACGCCGCAGCCUUCCGCCCAACCCCCGGUCAACUCCUCUUCGUCAUCUUCCUCCUCGUCAACGUCCAAGAUCAGCAUUAUGUUCAGGAAGGACCCGUCUCAGGACAGGGAGAAGGGCAGUUCCUGCAGCUCCUACCACGUGUCCAAGCUGAACGGGUUUGGGCCUCCCGGGCUCCACAGCACCAGCAGCUCCACCAAGCUGAAGAUCCAGCUGAAGAGGGAGGAUGACGGACGGGCCCAGACGCACACCGACAACAGGGGGGACACGGAGGGCUGCGGUCUGGGUGGUGGGGCCUUCGGCCUGGAAGCCAGGAAUGGUGGGAGCCACGGGGGGCACAGGAUACGAAACAUUGUGGUAGAUGAGUCUUCGUCUGAUGAUGAUGAGGAGGAGGAGGAGGAGGACGACGAUGACUACUUUGACGAUGAGUUUGAGGACGAUUUCAUUCCACUCCCGCCGGCGAAACGGUUGCGUCUCAUUGUGGGGAAAGACUCAAUAGACAUCGAUAUCUCAUCCCGGAGGAGAGAGGACCAGUCUCUGAGGCUCAACGCCUGAUAAGCUCUCUGAAUGGAGUUCAUAUCUGCGUCCCAAAUGGCAAACCGUUCCCUAUGCAGUGCACUACUUUGUAUGUGGUAAAUAGCAGGACACUAGGUAGGGAAUAGGGUGCCAUUUUGGGACACAGUCCAUCACUCCACCUUUACAUGUACAGAAGACACUUGACUCACUAAUCAACUGUUGUGUUGAUGAUGUUUAAAGAAGUACAGUCAUUUAAAAAAAAAAAAAAAAAAACUUCAAAAGUUGCAACAAAAAAAACAAAGCGAAUCAGAAGGAAGAUGUUUGUAUAAAUGAAAAGUGAAUGCACUUCUGUCAUGAUUAAUAUUCAUAAUGAACAUGAAUAUUGUCGAAGGUGUACAGAUAUUAUGGUGACUAUCCUCUGUCCCGUAGACAGACUUAUUGAACUUUUUAUUUUAGAUUUUGUCUCACAGUACGCAAUUCUAAAUUCUGUUGGCAAACCAGACUUUUUUGUUUUGUUUUAUUUUUAAUUUAGUUUUUUGUAAAAACCCAUAUUAUAUGGGGAUAUGGGUCCAGUAACGUUCUGAUCGGGAUCAAUCCGUUCAGUUGUCGUAAUGAUGACAGGUUUCUAUCAACUCAUGAAUGAACUCAGUCCCACCAACACACUAGAAUCAUAGUGGGUUCUAUCAGCUGCUCAUCAGGGUUGAGCUCGAUUCCAAUUCCGGAAACAAACAGGAAUUCCGAAUUGGAAUUGGAAUCUCAGUUUGCUUCCUUGUCUGAAUUGAAAUGGAAUUGAGUCCAACCCUGCUCCUCCUGUUCUCCUGGCUGUGUUUUUGUUAUUCUCUAAGAGAACGUUGACCCUGGCUGUGUUUAAAGCUCACACAGUACUGUUUACAGAAUGAUGGGUAAUGGGUCAUUGACAAGCCAACAAAUGGACCAAUAUUUUGGUGAUUUUUAAGCUUCAUUUCUGAUUUCAGGAGCCUCUGAUUGGUUUUUGACUAGAUUGUAUACAGCUACGGACAGAAUGAACUUCCUAGCAGGUUAGGAGAAUUAGGUUAAGGUUAGGAAAAGGGUUGGAGUUAGCUGAAAUGCUAAUAUUCUACCCGACACCAACGUGCAACGUUUAAUUUUUUACCGUUGUUGAAUACCAGGGGUGUCAAACUCAUUCCAUGGAGGGCCAAAGUGUCUGCUGUUUUUGUUGGUUGUUCCUUUUAAGACCUCGACAACCAGGUGAGGGGAGUUCCUUACUAAUUGGUGACCUUGAGUCAUCAAUCGAGAACAAGUGGAGGAGCGAAGACCUGCAUACACUUUAGCCCUCCGUAGAACACAUGCUGUAUACCGUCUAGCCACGAGGGGUGGUUUAACGUUUUAAACACUAAUCAGUUAAAUAAAUACAUGGCGUGUACGCUGUGUGCUGUUUUUAAACGCGUCAUCAGGAAGUAACACGAAGAAGACCAGGAGUCGUGUUACAGAAACACUGAAUCAUGUUCUGGAAAACGAGUUCAAACUCACUAGAGUAUUUAGUUGUUGUUUUUCUUAGAUCCAAAUCAUACAUAAUGAACACAUGAGAACUUCAUAGAAUAUUAUCCCCAACGAAAUAGUCAUUUUCACAAACAGUAUUAGGUGCCUUACAAACAACUCUUGGGGUAUCUGUUGAAGGCCUAGUUAAAAUAAAUGAUUAUCAGAAGGUGAAGAACUGCAGGUUGUCCCUCAGUAACUGUAACUACGGGAACACUUUCUCCCCCCACCCCCAAGUCUUUCUGUAUAGUCUUUCUAUUUGAGUUAUUUUAGGGCUGGUUUCCCAGACAUAUUCAGACGAGCCUCGAACUACCAAGCUAUUUCAAUAGAGAUUCUCCAUCGACCGUGUUUUUUUUUUAGUCUUUAAUCGUUGUCUGGGAAACCAGUCUUUUUAAGUGUGGAAGUACUGAACUGCCAAAUUUAAUCAAGGGAUCAACUGAGAUGAAUGUUAACUCCACUUUCUGUUGUCCUGUACUGUUCAUAUCACCAGCAAGCAGCGAAUCACAGUGAUAAACAAGGGUUGUGUUCAUCUCGGCACAAAAAGGGGAGGGGGGGGGGGUGCUUCCUUGACUUGUCCAGUAAGAAAUUGUCACUUUUUUUCUUUUUUUUUCUGUUGCAAAACAUUUUCUGUUGUGUGCCCUAAUGAACACAACCCUGGCUAUACGUGUACCUCCCUCUGUAUGGGUGUCAGUCACUCUCCAUUCUGUACUGUUCCAGGUGUACUGUGUGAUCUUAUGUUCAAUAGCCAGCUGUCGACAUUUCUGAUUUGAUGAAAUUCAAUAACAACAACAAACAAACAAAACAAAAGAAAGAAAGAAAUGUGAAUCGUUUGCAGACAUUUUUUAGUGUUGCGUGGGUUAGUGGGGGAAAAACACUUAAAAACAGACCUUUAAACCGGAGCAGUGCUUUUAUGUCCAGUAUGUAAAAAAAUAUGACGUGAACACACCCUGUACUUAUUUAACAGUUUUGGAAUACUUGAAAACAUAAAGUUUCUUUGUGAGAAUAAACAAUUUUUCUGUGGUUAAUGUCUUGCUUCCAAACAUGUUAGAAUAAGGAAUUAUUCAACUCAUUUUUUUAUAUAUUUUUUUUAUCUGAAAUGUUUCCAAUACUUUAAGCCUACUGAGCGUGGAGCCUGGGUCUCGUAUUCACUAGGAACCAAACGGCAGGGCUCUACCAAAAUUUGUCCAAUAAGAAAUGUUUUUCCCCUAUGAUGUACACUAAUGAAUACUACCCCAAGUGAAUGCACUUCCCAG